AUGCCAGCUAUACGUUCACUGCUGACUCGACCUUUCCCAGUACUAUACCGCACAAUGUCCAGCAAGAUAAAAUACUAUGACAUAGGUUUCAACUUAACUGAUCCUAUGUACCAGGGAACUUACCAUGGUAAGAAAUAUCACGAAUCUGACAUCCCAGAGAUUCUCCAGAGAGCAUACGAUCGUAAUGUCCGUUCGCUUCUAAUCACUGGCUCAUCCAUUGAGGAAUCGCAAUUAGCUAUCAAAUUGGCUAAUUCUUUAACUAAGGAUGAGACUUGUCCUGAUAUCAAAUUAAACUAUACGAUCGGUGUCCAUCCCUGUUGUGUGAACGAAUUUGGUACUGAGGAUUCCAUGACCAUUGAUAACCCAUCUAAUGACGAGUCAUUCAAUGAACUACUGAUCUCCAAAGUGAGACAGGACCCAACUUUUGCCAAAUUGAAAUUGCAUCAAUUAUAUGAUUUGGUUCAAACCCAAUUGAGUGAAGAUUCUACGAAAUUUCGUGCAUUUGGGGAGAUUGGAUUGGAUUAUGAUAGGUUCCAUUAUUCUAGCAAGGAAAUGCAAUUGUGUUUUUUCGAAGAGCAAUUGAAAUUAAGUUGUCUCAUCGAUGACUUAAAAUUGCCAUUAUUUUUACAUAUGAGGAAUUGCUGUGAUGAUUUCAUCGCCAUCUUACAGAAAUUCAUUACAGGAUUUACUGAUAUCGAGGAUCCAUUCGGUUGGAGACAAUUGAAAAGUUUGAGUGCAAAUGAACCUAUACUUUAUAAGUUUCACCCAGAGAGAAAAUUUGUUGUUCAUUCAUUCACUGGCUCCAAGGAGGAUAUGUUCAAUAUCUUGAGACUUUCUCCCAAUGCAUUUAUUGGUAUGAAUGGCUGCUCGUUAAAGACAGAAGAAAAUGUGGAGUGUUGUAGAGAGAUACCUAUUGAGAGGUUAUUAUUAGAAACUGAUGCACCAUGGUGUGAGAUAAGAAGAACUCAUGAAUCUUUUAAAUUCCUAAAUGGUUUUGAAAACCCAUAUAAAUCUGUUAAAAGGGACAAAUUAAAUAAGUUAGAAAGACCAAUGUGGGAGAAUACAAUGGUCAAGACUAGGAAUGAACCUUGUACAAUGGAACAAGUAGCCACUGUUGUGGCCAAUAUCAAGCAAAUAGACUUGGAAACAGUGGCAGAUCAAGCAUGGAAAACUUCAUACGAUAUAUAUAGAUAA